AGCUUUGGUUAUUUCGUAACCGCGAAGCUCUUUUGCUAAGGAAUUGGUUUGCUUUACGGAACUCCUUUCGGUAACGCAUCCCGCCAAAAAAGUUUCCGUUGUUUGUGUUCGUGUGUGCUCUUUUCCGGCUUGCAGUGGAGAGGUAAGAAGAACCGCAUCACCUCAUGUGACCCGGCGUUUGACACUGUUCAUGUCAAUCGUACAAACGCGUACACAAGAAAACCGUUGCUUGCAACAACUCAUUAGCAGGCCCUAUUUUGCUGACUUGCUGACGUUGUUCAUUGAUCGUUAUCUAGUUUGGAAAAACUGUUUGUUGGAAGACCAGAAACUGGUAGCUCGAACCGCCUUCGACAGUAGUUUGUUAUCUGUCAUCCCAAAUAAUAACUUGUGUACUUCGUCAAUUCUGCUUACUAAACCAGACAUCAUUUACAGUUCAGCAUUUUGAGAAGAGACAGAAAAUGCUGACGAAGUUUGAGGCGCGCUCGUCGCGCGUGAAGGCGGUGGCGCUGCACAGCAGUGCGACGUGGGUGCUGUGCGGACUGCACAACGGCGCGGUGCAGAUCUGGGACUACCGGAUGAGCACGUGCGUGGACACGUUCACCGAGCACGUCGGUGCGGUGCGCGGCGCCGACUUCCACGUCAACCAGCCGCUCUUCGUCACCGGCGGCGACGACUACACGGUGAAGGUGUGGAACUACAAGCUGCGCCGCUGCCUCUUCACGCUGAAUGGGCACAUGGACUACGUGCGCACCACCUUCUUCCACCACGAGCAGCCGUGGAUCGUGUCGUGCUCCGACGACUUCACGAUCCGGAUCUGGAACUGGCAGAGCCGCAAGAGCAUCGCGUGCCUGCCGGGGCACAACCACUACGUCAUGUGCGCGCAGUUCCACCCCUUCAACGACCUGGUGGUGUCCGGCAGCCUGGACAAGACGGUGCGUGUGUGGGACAUCUCGGCGCUGCGGCACCGCAAGGAGGAGGUGGGCAUCACGCAGGACCUGCUGGGCACCACGGACGUGGUGGUGCGCUACGAGCUGGAGGGCCACGACAAGGGCGUCAACUGGGUCGCCUUCCACCCGUGCGGCGAGCUGCUGCUGUCCGCGGCGGACGACCGCACGGUGCGGCUGUGGACCAUGUCGGGGUCGUCCUGCUACGUGUCGCGCACCUUCACCGGGCACUCCAGCAACGUCUGCUGCGCCGUCUUCUACAAGAACGACUACGUCGUGUCCUGCGGCGAGGAUCGCACGGUGCGCGUGGUGCACAUGUCGUCCGGUGCGGCCGUGCAGACCUUCCGCCGCGAGGUGGAGCGCUACUGGAUCAUGACGUGCGACCCGGUGCACAACCUGCUCGCCACUGGCCACGACGCCGGCCUGCAGGUGUUCAAGCUGACGCGCGAGCGGCCGGCGUGCGCGAUCCACAACGCGACGCAGCUCUACUACACGCACGACAACAAGCUGCACAUGUACAACUUCGACACCGAGGCGCUGACGUCGUGCACGGUGAACUACCAGUUCUACCCGCCGACGCGGCUGUCGUGCUGCCCGGCGACGGGCGGCGUGGUGCUGUCGUACGUCGGCGGCGGUCCGCGGCUGGAGUGGAUCGCGUCGCCGGCGCCGGGUGGGACGUGCACCGUGGCGGCGACGGUGAGGGGCGUGGACGGCGUCUUCUUCGGCGGCCACAAGUUCGCCUACGUGGAUCCAAACGGCAAGCUGUGCCUGCACAACCUCGGCAAGGCCGCCGCGAAGCCGCUGCAGACGGACGUGUCGUGCAGCCGCGUCUUCCCGGGGCCGGUGGGCUGCGUGCUGUGCCUGUGCGAGGACAAGAUCCACAUGUACCAGGUGGCGCAGCACGGCGCCGUGGCCGAGGCGACGGUGCCCGGCGUGCGCUACGCGGUGUGGGACAAGGACUUCAACAAGGUCGCGCUCAUCGCCAAGAACGCCGUGACGGUGCUGACGAAGCGGCUCAAGCUCAUCGCCUCCGUCGCCGAGUCGUCCGCGCGCAUCAAGUCCGUCGCCUUUGAUGAGACGCGCGACGUGAUGUACUUCACCACGUCGGACCACCUCAAGUACUGCUACCUGCGCAACGGCGAGACGAGCACGAUCAGCACGCUGAAGAACGUCGUGUACCUGGUGCGCGCCGUGGGCGACACCAUCUACGUGCUCACGCGCGACGGCCGCGUGCUGCGCAAGGAGCUGGACAACGCGGAGCUGAACUUCAAGCUGAAGCUGCAGCAGCAGUCCUACCGCGACCUCAUCCGCAUCAUGCGCCAGGGCAAGCUGCGCGGCCAGGCGCUGGUGGGCUACCUGCACAAGCACGGCCACUCGGAGAUCGCGCUGCACUUCGUCAGCGACGCGCUCACGCGCUUCAACCUCGCCGUCGAGUGCGGUGCGCUGGACAUCGCCAAGGCCACCGCGGUGGAGCUGAACCAGCCGGCCAUCUGGCGCCGCCUGGCCGACACCGCCACCCGCUUCGGCGACAUCCAGCUCGCGCAGUUUGCCAGCGCCAAGGCCGGCAACUACUACGCCUCCGGCCUCCUCGCGCUGCUCACCGGCAACACCGCCUCCAUCGCCAGCCUGGUGGACACCACGCGCGACGACAACUUCCGCCUGCAAUACGGCAUGUACGUCGACGACGUGCGGCAGCGGGUGGACAUCCUGUGCCGUGCGAACCAGCUCCCGCUCGCCUACGUGACGGCCAAGUCGCACGGGCUGGCGGACGUGGCGGAGCAGGUGCUGGCGAAGAUGGAGCCGGCGGUGGCGGCGCGCGUGCAGGCGCAGCCGUGCCACUCUGUGGCGCCGCGCCGCGCAGUGGAGCCGGCGACGGAGAACUGGCCGAUGCUGCAGGUCGAGGAGUCGGUGUUUGCGCGGCUGCUGAAGGAGCCGGGGCAGCUGGACGCGAUGGCGGAGCCGGAGGUAGACGAGGAGGUCGCCGCCGGCGCGGGCUGGGACGACGACGAGGACGCGGACGCGGCGGCUCUGCCGCACGGCACGCACGGCGGGGGUGCGGCGCUCGCCGACGGUGAGGGCGCGGAGAGCGGCGGGUGGGACGACGACCUGGACAUCGACCUCCCCACGGCGCUGCCGCCCACCAGCGGCGCCGCCGGCGCGGGCAGCAGCGGCUACGUGGUGCCGCGCGAGUUCCCGCCCAUCACGCAGGCGUGGACGGACGCCUACACGCAGCCCGCCUUCCAUGUCGCCGCCGGCUCCUUCGCGACGGCGCUGCGCCUGCUGCAGCGGCAGAUCGGCCUGGUCGACCCGGCGCCGCUGCGGCCGUACAUGCUGCAGCUGUGGGCCGCCGUGAACGCGUGUCGCCCGGCGGCGUGUGGGCCGUCGGCCGUCUUCCCGCUCUCCGCGCAGCCGCCGGAGCGCGAGAUGGAGGCGCGCCACGCACCCGCGCUGCCGGACCUGAUGCCGGUGCUCGCCGAGAAGCUGCGCGUCGGCUACCAGCUCUUCGUCGAGGGCAAGUUCGCCGAGGCGCUCGACGCCUUCCAGAGCAUCCUGCACCAGGCCGUCGUGACGGUGGUGAGGGACGACCAGCAGAAGGCCACGCUGCGCGAGAUCAUGGCGGUGGCGCCGGAGUACGUGCGCGCGCUGGCGCUGCAGCUGCACCUGCGCACCCUCAGCGCGUCCUCCGUCGAGGCCCUGCAGCUGGCGCUGUACUUCACGCACUUCCGCCUCCACCGCGCCCACCUCACGCUGGCGCUCUCCCAGGCCAUGAGCAAGGCCUACAAGCAGCGGAACUUCAAGACGGCCGCCGGGGUGGCGCGCCGCCUGCUGGAGCAGGACCCGCCCAAGAACAAGGCGCAGCAGGCUGCCGCCAUCGUCGCGGAGGCGGACCGCAAUCCCACCAACGCCGUCGAGAUCGACUACGACGAGCGCAACCCCUUCAUCAUGUGCUCCGUCACCUACAAGCCCAUGUACAAGGGCGUCACCGAGCCGGUGCGGUGCAGCUACUGCCUGUCGCCGGCAGACCCCGCGUACAAGGGUGCGCUGUGCCCGGUGUGCAAGGUGGCGAAGAUCGGCGUCGACUGCGCGGGACUGGUCAACCGUGCCUAG